UUAGCCGCAGAGCAUGAAAAACAGGUUUUCGUAUAAUCACCGAGUCUUUAUCUGUGUUUUUUGAAAAAUUACUUCGGAGUAUUCAAUUUACACGGUAGAUAUAAGAUGUGCAAUGUAAGAAGUUGGUCAGAUUAGUGAUUCACGUAUAGUUUGAAGGAAUGGCGAAAGGUACUCGAUUAACGGAGGAAGAACGGAGAAUAAUAAAGAGGUUCAAAGAAGAAAAGUUUUCUAAUCGCUCGAUCGCAACAAAAAUUGGUCGAUCUGAGAAAGUGAAAUUGCGACCUUGAGCUCUUCAAUCGUGGUGUACCGUUUCGUGGUUUCCCUCAGUGUAGAUUCUGCGUACAAGGAUCCCCCCAAUGUCCUGGAAAAAAGAUUUCAACACAACAGCGCGGAAGCACACGCUAAACAUCGCCAUUUAUCGGUCCAUCAUCCUGUUUUCGAGAUGCUCUGCAAUGAUCUGCAAUCUGCAAUUCUACUAGCGCGCUCAUAUAGAAUGUAGAAACUGCCAACCAACAGUUGGUCUCCACAGUUCACACGCUUCUGACGAUGGCACAAAAAUUUGUUUCAUUUCUAUUUUUCCUGACUAUGAACGCGAUUGAUUCGGGAUCGGCAAUCGUUACGAUCGACAAAGAAGCAGCCAAAAUGGAGUGUGACGCGGACACCCCCAUGGUUGUUCCGAAUUUCAAGGCGAAUUGGUUCAAAGCAACCGAGUACUGUCACUAUCUGGGCCGCCACCUGGUGAUUGUGACUUCGCCCGAGAAGCAGCAAGUCAUCAGCAAGGUUCUGGAGGGUACGGACAAAAUCGGUGACAGCUCCUUCUGGAUCGGUGGAAGUGAUCUGGCCGAACUGGGGAAUUUCCAUUGGCACUCAACCGGUACUCGGAUCGUUUGGCACAACUGGAGCGAACUGCUGGUGGUGCCAUCGGCGGAUGAUGUCCGCAAGGAUGACCGGUGCGUGCUGUUGCGCGAUGGUAUGGAACAGGGUGGUUUCAAGUGGACGGUGGUGAACUGCUGGGAUGAGUACUAUUUCGUGUGUGAGAAGGGAGUGUACGCUUGAAUUGCUGAAAUGACCUUAAAUAUAAAUUUCUUUCGAUAAGAGUGAAUG